AAGCUGCGAACAAACAAACUCAGCAGUCGGCUACUUGUUUGGAAAAAGAGGAAUGGAGUGUUGGAUGAGCCGGAGGGAGGGUGUGUGAGGAAGAGGAGGACGAGCACUGGAAGGUGAAAAGGUGGAGAAGUUGGCUUCAUGUCCCCGUCCAGCAGAUCUAGUGUCAGUGCUCGGUGUCACUGGAGCUGAAGAGGAGAGCUGUGAGUGGAGAUCAAACGUCUUGGAUAUGAAACUACUUUUACUUGAACUGAUUGACCUGGAUGUGACCUGGACCUCAACUUUUGAUAGUGAUUUCUUCAGCGAUGUCUGUGAUUCUUCUCACCACUUAACUGGACAUUAGGAGCCUCUCCACAGCAACAAGUGCUUCACUGAAGUCAAACUGUCUGACUGUCUGACUGAGUGAGUGAGUGAGUGAGUGAGUCGGGGAUUUCCAGAUCUGAGACACAGUGUUGCCCUCUGCGGUCUGUGCAGUCAGCAGCUUUAUGCACAACUUACCCAACAAGUUUUAAAGCCAAAUUAAUCCUGGAAAUGAAACUGCAGCAUCCUAGAUUGUUAUAUGCAUGUAAAACCUGCAAAGACAGCAGCUGACAAUACUGAGAGACACUUUACUGUGAUAAAUGAUUAUAUUUAACUGACUAUUUUUAAAUUAAAACCGGAACAAACUCACCCUGAGGACCUCCAAAUAUAAAGUUCAGCCCUGCUCCUCCUGCAGGACUCUCGUUGUUGGUGCUUUACUCUCAGUUGCAGGAUUUUGGAAAAAUACAAAGAGCUGGAUUUACUCUUUGAGACACAAAUACGUCUCAGUAAAAUGAGUAUUUGAUUGUAUGUAGAGACAAGCAGAAAGACCAGAAAUAGGAAGAGGAAGACCAACUGCCUACAACUUUUAAUGACAGAGAGAAACUAUCCACCGACCGUCAUCAACCAUCAGCAGAUGGAGAGUAAGGAGGAGCUGAAGUUUGGUGGAGCGGCCAUGUCUCUGCCUGCAGACCUGAGCUGCCUGCAGGGCGGCGGGGGAGCAGAGGCGCUGGCGACGCUGGAGAAACAGCUGAUCUGUCCCAUCUGUCUGGAGCUCUUCAACAAGCCGGUGGUCAUCCUGCCCUGCCAGCACAACCUCUGCAGGAAGUGUGCCAACGAGCUUUAUCAGCCGUCCCUGUUCCAGGCUCGCACCACCAUGAUGGUAAACAGCGGACGCUUCCGCUGUCCGUCCUGCAGACAUGAGGUGGUGCUGGAUCGCCACGGUGUCUACGGCCUGCAACGAAACCUGCUGGUGGAGAACAUCAUCGACGUCUACAAACAGGAAGUCAGCAACAACAACAACGCCUCGAGCCCCCUCCCUCUUCCUCCUUCUCCUGCUCAGCUCACCUGUUCAGACCACGAGGGGGAGAAGGUGAACAUCUACUGCCUCACCUGUCAGGUUCCUACGUGUUCUCUCUGUAAAGUGUUUGGAGCUCAUCAGACCUGUCAGGUGGCUCCUCUGACAGACGUCCACCAGCAGAAGAAGGAUGAGCUGAGUGAAGGCGUCAGUUCUCUGGUGGCGUUCAACGACAAAGUCCAGGCUCUGAUCGAUGGGCUCGAGGAGACGUGCAGAACCAUAGAGGAGAACUGCAAGACUCAGAAACAAAGUGUGUGUGAGACGUUUGACCGAGUGUUUUCCAUCCUGGAGGAGAGACAGAAGGCGAUGACGCAGCGAAUCAGCUCAGAGGAGGAAGAGAAGACAGGCCACGCCCAGACGUUGGUGCGUUGCUAUGGAGAGAGCGUGGAGGCCAACAACAAGCUGGUGGAGAGAGCAACGAGCAGCAUGGAGGAGCCGGACAUGGCUGCUUUCGUUCAGAAUUCAAGAGAGCUGAUCAAAAAGGUGAUAACAGCGACCGGCUCGUGUCCAGCUGCGACACUGAAACCAGGUUAUGAGAGUUUGAGCCACUACAGAUUUAACUUCAGCCGACAGGAGAGAGCUCUGAGGAGCAUCGACUUCCCCAAAGUUGUGGAAGAUGUUCCUGAAGAACUAGAGGUGGAACAAGAGCCAGAAGAACCCAAAGAGCCAUCAGUGGAGAACAUAGACCCAAAACACCAUCAGGAAACCUCCACCCAGAACCUUGAAUCUGUUUCAGAACCAGUCAAAGAGCCGAUCCCAGCGCUGGUAUCCUCACCAGUGGAACCGGCUGCAGUAACACCAGCUCCAGGUGUGGUGAGGGACUCUGUGGAACCUGCAGGGGCGGUUCUCCUACCAGAGACUGAGGACCUGGACUUAGAUGACAGAGGAUCAAGUGUGAUGAAGAACAAAACAGAGGAGGAGGAGGAGGAGGAGGAAGAGGAGGUGGAGGAGGAGAGAUGUGCAGCUCCUGUUCCUGUUAAAGAGGGAAACAUCUGUGAGGAGCAGGAGGGGAUGAGCACGCAGCAGACGGAGACUGAGACAAGGAGUCCUGCUCAGACCAGUCCUCCCCUCUCCUCCUCCAUCCCUUCCUCCACUUUCACCCUCAGCGAGGCUCCUCGUCGGCCCAGUUUCAGCUUCUCCUGGCUGAACCCCCUCCACAAGAAGAAGUAGAGGAAGGAGAGAAGUGUUUGGAGGUGUUGUCUUGUUGAGGAGAUAAAGAGAGAAAGAUGCACUCCAGAGUCAGUUUAAUCUGCUCAGUGCUGCCCUGAGACUGGAAACACUUGAUCUUUGAUAAAACUUCAGUUGCAGUCAUUUUAUCAACGGUCUGUUUUGUUCCUAAUAUUAAUUCAGUUUGAAAUUUUUUAAAAAAGCCCUUGUGUGAUCUGCUCUGGAUCUGUGUGUGUCUGAAGGGAAAAACUUUGACCUGUUGGGCUCUUAUUUUGAAAACUUGAGAAUGACUUAAGAAGUUUAUUUCAUUUUAUUUUACUUUAUUUUUAUGGAAGCUGUUGCCUUUCACAACAAAGGUCUUCACAACUUUCAAGUUUGUGCUUUUAAUAAGUAGCAGAGGAGAAGUCAUACUGUAGUGUGGAGGUAGUAGUAUAUGUAAAAGUAGCAGAAGUCAUUAUUGCAGUAGUUGUAGUAGAGGUGAAAGAAGUAGUCAGUGGAAUGUAACUAAGUACAUUUACUCAAGUACUGUACUUAGGAACAAUUUUGACAUACCAUAAAACUUAAAUUAAUAGCUCUCACUAUUAUUUGCCUAAAUCACUGAAGUGAACAGGCCUUUAAUUCCUUUACAUAAAACUGUUGCUCAGCAAAGAUGGGAAAUAUGAUCAAACUUAUUUUGACACUUGUUUCAUGGCAGCUUUAUUACAGCUUCAGAGGUAGAGUCAGCCCUUAUUUUUUCAUCAUGCCUGUAAAUCUGAAUGAAUUAUGGUCUUGUCUGGCGCUCCUGGUUUUGAUCAAAUGAAAUGACUGAGCUAACAAUACGUAGCAUGUCCAUACUGAUAAAAGUUUCAACAUUUAUUUUUGUAUGUGCGAUCUUAACAGCUAACUAAUGUUAGCUCAAGUGAGCAGUCAACAGUCCGGGUAUAUAUUAUAUCCAGAGAACUUCUAUAAGAAUGACUGCUUAGCAACCAGACCAGGCCUCUAAUUGAGACAGGCCUUUAUUUGUCAAACUGUGUAGCUACACAAGGCUAGUAAAAGGGACUGGGUGUUUACUGAAAUUUUAUGGUACUUCUGAACUGAAUGGUUUUUAUUUCGUACAUACUUCUACUUCAGUACAAUUCAGAGGCAAAUAUUGUAUUUUUUACUGCAUUAUCUGACAGCUUACUAUUUACAUAUAAAACAUAUGCUUAUAUGAUACGAUGCAGUACUUUCAGUACUUUAAUCUACCCUGUAAAAGACAAAGUAUCUAACAUUGGCUCCACACUGAUGAACUACAGCAUUAAAAUACUCUUAUGUGUAGUUGUCAGUGAUAAAACAGAUAAUUACAAUAAGCUCUGCAACAUGAAUACUUUUACUUUUGAUAUUUUAAGUACAAUUUGAUGACAGGUACUUUUAUUUCGUAACAUUUUGAAUUCGGGACUUCUACUUGUAAUGGAGUAUUUUUAGACUGUGGUUUUUACUGUUUUAGAAUCUAAAUACUUCAUCCACCACUGCUACUAGUAGUAGUAGUUGUAGUGAUAAGGAAAAUGCCCUUUAAUAAAUGAAGCAGCACUAGUAUUUGUUUAGUUAGUUGCAGUGUUAGUAAAAGUACAGGUUUUUGUAGUUUUCACAAAACUUGUAGUCGAAGUAGCAGCGACAGCAGAAGUAGUAUUAGUUGUAAUGAUGGUACUGUGUUGACUGUGUGCCUGUAACUGUUGGUACAGAUGCAGGAUAUGAACAAAAAUUAUGUUGCUGUAAUUAUCACAGUAUUUUUAGUGUUUCACUGAAACUAAAUCAUUCAGACAUUUUUGCUCUUAAACAUUUAACAUCUUGUGCUGUGGUCAAAUUUCACUUAGAAGUUAUACAUAACUCAUGUAGGCAUAAAAACUAGGGAUGCGCGAUAUUGGAUUUUUUGCUGAUAUCCAAUAUGCUGAUAUAUAACAACUUAUUUGGCCGAUAACUGAUACAGAUAUCAAUUUAUUAUCCACGUUUUCCCCACCUAAUUUCAGUGAUCAUCAAGUCUCCUCUGCAGUGGAAUUAACAUCAUAUUAUUCAUGCAUACUCUUAUCAUGACGGCCCACCAGCAGAUGGAGACAUGAAAUACAAUACUUUUCAAUGUAUGUAAAUUUCAUCACUGUACAAAAUAAGAAAAAGCGUGUUGGCUGAUUCUGAUAGUUCAUUGUAAAGCCAAUAUUGACCGAUAACGAUGAUGCACUGAUAUUAUCGUGUAUCCCUAAUAAAAACUUAAUCAAUAUAAAUUUGAAGUUUAUCAAAAAUAGUCCCUAAUGUAACAGAGGAAUCAGCAGGAUGAAGCAGAGAAGCAGCAUUAACAGUAGAAGAAGUACAUGUGUUAGUUUUAAAAGUCUUCUAGAAGACCCAGACACCCAGUUUGAGACAUUUUGAAUGGUGAUUUUGGAUGGCACAUGUGGUUCAGAGUGCUUUGGUGUGGAUAAUGAUAAUGUUCAGUUUCUUUAUUUUUCUUUUUUUUUUUUUGUUCUAGGCAAUCUUUCUUUUGCAGCUUUUAUGUGAGUUUGUGAGUGAGUGUCUGGACUCUUUGAUUGUCUGCUGUUGUGUAGGCUGGUGUCUGUUUAUAAUGCAGUGGGUCAGAUAAGAUAAUGGUUUUGUUUGAUACAUGUAUUGAUUAAAUAAAUCUGA